GUUUGUGAAUUAUGCCCUCGAACUCCUGGUGGUGAAGACCUUUGGCAACGAGACAUGGGAGGCAAUAAAGAAAGAUGCAGCUGUAAACAUGGACGGUCAAUUUCUGGUUCGACAAAUUUACGACGACGAAAUAACGUACAAUCUCAUCUCCGCUGCUGUAAAUCGACUCAAUAUUCCAGCUAAUGAAAUUCUCGAACUGUUUGGUCGUAUGUUCUUUGAGUUUUGUCAAGAUUCGGGAUACGACAAGAUACUACAAGUGUUAGGAGCUACACCUAGAGAUUUCUUACAGAAUUUAGAUGCACUUCACGAUCAUCUGGGCACGUUAUAUCCUGGCAUGAGAGCUCCAUCCUUCAGAUGUACGGAGCGGCCGGAAGAUGGGGCACUCAUUUUACAUUAUUAUUCAGAUCGUCCUGGCCUAGAACAUAUAGUCAUCGGAAUUGUUAAAACAGUAGCAAAGAAACUUCACAACACAGAUGUAGAUAUGCAAAUCCUGAAAACAAAAAAAGAAUGUGAUCAUGUGCAGUUUUUGAUUACGGAUUCUUCCGGUCCAGGAGUCAUUCCUAAACCAAUGAUUGCUGAUCUUGGGACUCUGUCAGUCGAUAAUCAAAGUCUCGCCAUACAAGCAGAAGCAGCAACAUAUCUAUUGCAUCAUCCUGCGGCAGAGAAGGUGAGGGAGGAGUAGAGAAGACAGCGUGGCGACGCCUGAAGUUGGGGGUGGAGGUAAACAACAUCACAAUGAGCAACAACAACAACAGAAGCAACAGCAUGUGCAACAACAGCAACAGGACCACUAGCAACAACAACAAACAGAUAGCUCGAUAAUAAACAAUAAAACAACGACCGAUAUAUGCCAGGAGGUGAAAACAGAAGUCGUCACAAUGGAUAUAAGUAUUCCGAGAAACGUUAAUAUUCUUCUUAAAGAGUAUACAUAAUUUUCUUAUUUUUGAAAAACAAGGAAGAAUAAUCAUUGUUUAAAGAAAUAUUUCAUAUUUUUCUUCAUUAUUUUUUUAGAUUUCAAAGAAUAUGAUGGAGAAAACCUCGUUAUUGAGAUUGUCAGACCAUCAGACGACGAUGACGACAAUGAUGAUGAUGAUGAUGAUGAUGACGAUGAUGAUGAUGAUGAUGAUGAUGAUGAUGAUGAUGAUGAUGAUGAU